AUGAUUACUCAGAGUGCCAUCAUCGUUCAGGAACCAGGUCGAGCAAUACUGAGUGAAGAUGUUCGGCUUCCGGAGCUGCCUGAUAAUUACAUUUUGGUCAAAACAAAAGCUGUGGCUUUGAAUCCCACAGACUGGCGUCACAUCGACUUUGUGCCAUGUAAAGGGGCGGUAGUUGGCUGCGACUAUGCUGGAAUAGUGGAGGCCGUCGGUCCACAAGUCAAAAAGGCAUUCAAGAAAGGUGAUCGCGUGGCCGGAUUUGUUCAUGGCAGCAACGCAGUCCGUCCCAAUGGCGGGGCAUUCGCCGAAUAUGUGAUUGCCAAGGGUGAUAUUCAAAUUCACAUCCCGGAAUCCAUGACUUUCGAGGCUGCUGCCACCUUCGGUGUUGGUUUGACAACCGUUGGUCAAAAUCUUUAUCAGAGCAUGGAGUUGCCCUUUCCUGGUGACGAUUCCAGUGAACUAGAAGACGCAAAUAUCUUAAUCUACGGAGGAGCAACGGCCACCGGUACGCUUGCUAUUCAAUUGGCAAAGCUGUCUGGACUACGAGUGGUGACGACAUGCUCUGAAGCCAAUCGCAGCUUAAUGUUUGAGCUUGGGGCACACGCUGUUUUCGAUUAUCAUGAUCCUCAGGUUGGUGAACAAAUCAGGGAGGAUACUGAUGAUGCCCUGGAGUUUGUCCUUGAUACAAUUUCUACUCCCCAAUCGGCUGCCAUCUGCAGUGCUGCCAUCUCUUCUGCAGGAGGUUGUUACAAUGCCCUGCUAGAUGUCCGAUCAGCACGAGAUGAUGUUGACUCACAUGUCUCAAUGGCAUACGACGUAUUAGGAGAGCCCUACCGCAUGGGAACACAAGAAACCUCUCCUGAUGCCAGCAAUUUCGAGUUCGGAAUUAAAUGGUGGGCCGCAGCGCAGAAACUUCUGGAAGAGCGCCGCAUUCUUCCUCAUCCAUAUCAAGUGAAACCAGGAGGCUUGGCCGGAGCUUUGGAUGGUCUCCAGAUGCUACGGGAAGGCAAAGUCCGAGCGUCUAAGCUAGUCUAUCUGCUUGAUGAGUCCGAGUGA